CAAAUCAUAAAUAUUAAAUUCAUAAAAUAUAUACAUUUUAUUUCAAGCAUAGUCCAAAGACAAGUACAAAAUACAUCAUGGAUAAAAAAAGACAGAAGAAAGUUACCGACGAACAGAAAGUGUUACUAGUCUCACUAUUAGAAAACAAUCCCCGAUUAGUUUCAUGCAAAUUUGGUGCUGAUUUUAGUUUUGACGACUCUAUUAAAAAAUGGAAAAGUAUAAUUUCUGAACUUGAGUCAUGUUCAACUGGCCCAAAAGGGAAAAGUGUCGAUGACUGGAAACGAACAUGGUCAGACUUGAAGAGAAACGUUAAAGAAAAGGCUGCAAAAAUAAGAUCUUAUAGAGCUACCGGGGGAGGAGAAGCAUCAAAAGAAAAAUUAUCCGAAUUGGAAGAAAGAAUAGUUGGUAUUAUCGGAGAAAUUAUGAUUGAAGGACACAAAAGAGUACAUGAAUUUGGUUCACCUUGCGUUAAAAAAAAAGUAAUAAACAUAUGCAACCAACAAGCCGAAGUAAUUAAUCCAGUAAUUCAGAUAGAUAGUGAAGUUUUUAUUUUAAAUCUUGAAGAUGGAAUUGAAAAUGAUACACCAAAUAAUUCUCCACAACCGAUGAACGAACAAGAAAACAUUUUAAGAAAAAAAACUAAACAAGGUAAAAAGAAAACUGAAAUUGACUAUCAAAUGUAUAUGGAGCAAAUGUUGCAAAUUGAAAUGAGAAAAGCAGUUGCACUAGACAUUAGUUUUAACAGCAACAAAUAUAUUAGAAACACUUAGGAAAGAUAAAUAGUUUUAUAUAUAUUUUUUUUUCACAUAAUAUGCAUUUAGAUUAGACAUGAUAUUUUCCUAAAUGAAAUGAAGACUUAUUUAAAUUAAUUUACAUUUUUAAAACUGUUAAAAGUAUUACAUUUUUUAUUUCGUUGUUAUAAUUAUAUCAUUUUCUAUUUUUCUUAAAAGUAUUAUAAAGUUUAAUUCAGUUAAAAUAUACUCACUGAUUUGUUUAAAAAAAAAAAUAUACAAUUUAACCAUAUUCCUUAUACAUAUCAGUAUAAAGU